AUGCCUUGUUCCAAACAGCAAGUGAAUUGCGUUUUCCAUCCCGGCGCCAUCAUCGUGGGCGCCGGCCCCUCCGGCCUGGCCGCGGCCGCCUGCCUCCACUCCAGCGGCGUCGCCGCCCUCCUCCUCGAGCGCGCCGACUGCCUGGCCUCCCUGUGGCAGCGCCGCACCUACGAUCGCCUCAAGCUCCACCUCCCCCGCCAAUUCUGCGAGCUCCCCCUCCUCAACUUCCCUAAUUUUUUCCCCAAAUAUCCCUCCAAGCACCAAUUCCUCUCCUACCUGGAGCACUACGCCCGCCAUUUCUCGAUCCAGCCCCGAUUCAAGCAGCCCGUGCUCGACGCCCGCUUCGACGCCCUCACCGGCCUCUGGAGGGUCCAGACGCGCGACGUGCUCUACGUGUCGCGGUGGCUCGUCGUCGCGACGGGAGAGAAUGCCGAGCCCGUGAUUCCGGAGAUUCACGGCCUGCGGAGCUUUCAAGGCCCGCUUCUGCACACCAGCGCCUAUCGGUCGGGCUCUCAGUUUUCAAAACACAAAGUUCUCGUAAUCGGCUGUGGAAACUCCGGCAUGGAAGUUAGCUUGGACCUUUGCCGCCACCGCGCCUCUCCCUCCAUCGUUGUCAGGAAUUCUGUUCAUAUUUUGCCGAGGGAAAUGUGGGGAGUUUCGACGUUUUCGAUGGCGAUGGUGUUGCUCAAAUGGCUGCCGUUGAAGCUGGUUGACAAGUUUCUUCUUGUCGUUGCCAAUUUGACGCUCGGCGACACCACCAGAUUAGGCCUCCGCCGCCCAAAAACUGGCCCCAUUCAGCUCAAAAAUGCCACCGGAAAAUCGCCUGUGCUCGACGUAGGCGCCCUUUCCCUUAUCAAAUCCGGCAAAAUUCAGGUAGUGGAAGGAGUGAAGGAGAUAACGAAAAACGGUGCAAAAUUCUGUGAUGGCCAAGAACGGGAAUUCGACUCUAUAAUUCUUGCAACGGGGUACAAGAGCAAUGUGCCGACUUGGCUAAAGGGUGAGGAUUUCUUCACAAAAGAAGGAAUGCCGAAGACACCUUUCCCUCAUAGUUGGAAGGGAGAGAACGGAUUGUAUGCGGUCGGGUUCACAAGAAGGGGGCUUCUCGGAACAUCAUCGGAUGCCGUCAAAAUCGCUAAAGACAUCGCCGAUCAAUGGAGGAAAAUUAACAAGAGAUAUUUAGCCAAAGAAAUUAAGUUAGGUAGUGAAAUAUUUGGGAAAAUUAGGGAAAAUGUCUAGAGUAGGGGUGUUUUUUAAGCUAGUUAUUUUUUAAUGCUUUUAGUUGUAAAUGAAUCAGUUUUGUUUUGGGGAAAUUGUAAGAAUGGCAAUGUUUUAGAUCGAAUGUUUUUAUUUUGAAAAAAAA